ACCCCGCAGCCCGCUCGCCAUGGCCAUUGACAGGCGGCAGAAACUGCUGCUCUUCGGAGCAGCCGCCGCCGCCCGUCUGCUCCUCUUCACCGUCUUCCCCACGCUGCCCAGUCUCCUUGCUGGCCGCGUCGAGGUCUCCACGCCAGUGACGAGCUUCAAGAGACUGCAAGAAGGCGUCUUCCUCUACACACACAAUGUCUCGCCCUACGACGGCGGCGUCUACCACCAGGCGCCCCUCCUGCUGCCGCUGUUCGCCCUGCUGCCAGAUGCCGCUGUAGCUCCGCUUGCCACCAACCUCUUCUUCACAGCCGUCGAUUUGCUGAGCGCGAAUGCACUGGCUCGCAUCGCCGACACGGGCUUCGCUUCGGCCACGCGCCUGUUCGCCUCGCCGCGCAAAGACCUGCGAUGGAGUAGUGCAGCCAUUGCAGCCGGCUUUCUGUUUAAUCCCUUUACCGUUGCUACGUGCAUUGCCCGCUCCACCUCGGCGCUGACCAACCUCUUCAUCCUGACGGCCAUGGCCAAGGCCUCGCACGGCGCGAGCUUCACAUUCAUUCUGGCCACGGCCUUUGCCUCGUACUUUGCCAUGCACCCGAUUCUCCUCUUCCCGCCCCUGAUGGUCUUGCUAUAUGACGCGAAAGCGCUAAAGAACAAAACCACCCCACAAGUCUCGACGUUUGUCGUUGUGCAUACCCUUGGUCUGGCCGUCGCAAUUGGUGCCUUGUUGUUUGGCUCCGCCUUUCUGACCGGCUCCUGGGACUUUUUGUCGGCGACAUACGGUGUGCGUCUUCUGCUGCCAGAUCUGACGCCCAAUGUGGGUCUGUGGUGGUACUUUUUUAUUGAGAUGUUCGACUCUUUCCGCGAGUUUUUCCUGGGCGUCUUUUGGCUGCAUGCAGCCUCAUACAUGCCAGGCCUUACCAUUCGCCUCCAUAAGCAGCCUCUGUUUGUUGCUUGCGCCCUGACUGGCGUCUUUGCCAUCUUUACCCCAUACCCCAGCAUAGCCGAUGCUGGACUGUACCUAUCGUUGGUGCCCAUGUUCCGACAUCUAUUCCCUCUUAUGCGCUACACAUUUUUAGCAUCAGCGAGCAUUCUGUAUACCUCUUUCCUUGGCCCUGCCUUUUACCAUCUGUGGGUAUAUGCCGGCUCGGGCAACGCAAAUUUCUUCUAUGCCAUUACCCUGGUCUGGAGUCUGGGUCUUUCCAUCAUCUUGGGAGAUUCAAUGUAUGCAGCUUUGAGGGACGAGCUAGAUGUGGAACGUCCAGAGCUUCAAGGCAAGGAAGUUCGUCGGAUAUGAAAGCAUCAUUGUAGGCUACGCAUCAACGU